AUGGCUCAGCUGGCCAGCAAGACCCGGGACCGCGCCGUCGCGCUCGCCGCCGCCGCGCUGCUCUGCGAGCUCGUCACCCAGCGGCUGCGCUCCCGCGAGACGGAGCUGCCCUCUGAGGCGCUCGCCUGGGCCGUGCUACCCGUCUUGAUGAGGGCGAUGAACCGGAGGAGGCGGGACUGGGCAGAGAUUGCGCCCCCGGCGGCGGCGGCGGCGAGCGCAGCGGCUGCAACCACGGCUAAGGGGUUCGGCGUGCCGCUCCUCGCGGUGGCCAUCGCGGUGACGUCGCUCUGCAGGGCGGAAAGCGGCACCCCUCGCUUCUAUCCUGCGUUGGUCCCCAUACUGCUGGUGGCGCAACGAUAUACGCAGGUGGAUGCACCAUAUGCAGCGGAUGCGACGCGGGGCAACGCACCAGGGCCCAUCUUGACGUCCAUUGGCGUCGCAUGUAUUAUUGCCGGCGUUGCCGUUCUGGAUCUCUUCAUAUGGAAUCUAGAAAAGAUCUUCUUUGCGAGCCUGGCGCUGACGGCGAUUUCAGUCGCGUACAUGGUCCUCCUACCUCACAAGCGGCGACAGAGCUGCAUUCCAACCGUCAGGAUCGAGGACAACAUCCAUCAGCUGUCCAAGACCGUGUAUCGCCUUGUCCUCUUUGUACUCUUGCUCCAGACUCUAGUCUACGGCCUGCCUCCGCUCUCAGUUGUGAGAUCUGUCAAGACUGCCGUCUUCAAGAGCCUGGCAUGGUGUUUUGCCAUACAGCUAACCCGAGAUGCGCCAUGGACAGCCCUCCCUCCCAUCGGCGUCUUCACCCUCAUGGCCGGACAAAGUCCAUUCUUUCAGUCGUCUGCCCUUCGGCCCUUACUCCACAUCUUGCUGUCGGGGCUCUCUCUCGGCCAGGUAAUCGGCACACUUCCUUCCCGGGAAAAGUCGCGAUCCGCGCUCUGGCUGUUCAUGCUCGUGACCUUGAUCCCCUACGGCGCCAACAUAUUUGCCAUCCGGAGCGCCGAGAGCGCCGCACAACAUACGUUUGGUGGAAAUCGCGAGCAUCCCGUCGACAUCCUGAUGCGUGGGGCCAACGCGCAAUUCAGCGGUCUGCUGCAUCGACAGUCGAAAUCUUUGGGGGAGGCGCAAGCCGAGUACCGCCGGCGGUACAACAUGGACCCUCCUCCGGGAUUUGAUGCCUGGUAUGACUUUGCGGUUGCGAACCAGUCGCCCAUCAUUGACGAGUUUGACAUGAUCCACAAGCAAGUCUCGCCGUUUUUGAAGCUCAGCGGCGCCGAGCUACAGCGGAUAAUGGAUGCCGUGUUCUAUGCAGAUGGAAGUGAUGUUUGGAUGUGCCAGUACACUCACAGCGAAAGCAGCGCUCGAUGUACUCACCCGCAUCGCUCAUACGACCGACACAUCUCCUACAUGUUCGAAACUCUGGGCAGCUUUCCGGGCGCCGAACUGCCCGACCUCAAAUUCUUGGUCAACCAUCUUGACGAACCAACUGUCGUCCUACCACUCCAUAAGACGGCGGAGAUACGAGUUUCAGACCUGUCUCGCCAGCCAACUUGGAGGAACAUCACGCGAAAGUGCGCGCCUCACCAUGCCGCCCGCGAAAAGGACGAAAGAGAGUCGUACGCGCUACCUUUUAUCAAGGACCCAGUUUCGGCCAUGGACCUCUGCCGACAUCCAGAGUACGAGCAUCUGCACGGUCUCUUCACCAGCCCAGUCUCUUUCAAGCUCACCGAAGCCAUGGUGCCCAUCCUCUCCACCGGGGCACCCUCCACGAUGGGCGACAUCUUGAUCCCCAGUCCGGCCUAUCUGGAAGCCGAGUUUGAGUACGACUCAGCCUCGGAGCCAGACUUUGACCAAAAGACCAACAAUCUGUACUGGGCGGGCUCGACCUCGGGCGCCCUUGCCCACGACGACGACGGGUGGCGAUCCUACCACCGCCAGCGCUUCGUCCAGUUUGCGCAGAACCUCGGCCGCGAGCAGUACUACUACCUGCGCGCCGACUCUUCCACCUCCGACGCCGUCGAGCGCGUGCCCUCCUCCUUCCUCAACGGCCGCCUCUACGACGUGUCCUUCACGCGCAUCUUCCAGUGCCUGCCGCGCGCCUGCCGCGCCCAGCGCGGCUUCUUCCCCCCCGGCGCGUGGGCGGACAAGGACGCGGCGCUGCGGUCGCGGCUGGCGUUCGACCUGGACGGCAACGGCAUCAGCGGGCGGUACCGCAAGCUGCUGGCGUCGGGCAGCCUGCCGCUGAAGCAGACGCUGCUGCGCGAGUGGCACGACGAGCGGCUGCUGCCGUGGGUGCACUACGUGCCUGUCAGCAUGAGCUUGGAGGAGCUGCCGGAGCUGGUCACGUACCUGACGUCGACGGCGGAGGGGCGGAGGAGGGCGGCGGAGAUGGCGGCGGCGGGGAGGGACUGGCUCGGCAAGGCGAUGAGGAGGGAGGACAUGGUGGUGUACGUGUACAGGUUGAUGCUGGAGCUGGCGCGGUUGCAGGAUCCGAAUCGGCAGCCCGAAGGGUAG